AUGAAUGAAAUAAAAUCUCUAGAACACGCAACAUUGAAGGUGCCAUAUGAAGUCUUUAACAAGAAAUACCGCAACACUCAGCGUGUAUUUGAUGUGGAGGCCCGUCAAGUGGUUGCUGCUGUUGGUGAUCUAGAUAAUGCUGUUAAAAGUGGAUCUACAGCUGGUGAAAUCAAUAAUUUGCUUGGUGGAAUGGUUGAAAAACUGACAACAAUGAAGCGUAAAGCAUCAGAUGCAAUAGCAGAGGAAGUGCAAGCAGCUUUUGUUUGUAAGAAACGACUUGAACAUUUGAAAGAGCAAGCAGAGGCUAUUGCUGAACCAAAUUCGCCACAGAAUAAGACGGCGAUGACGCAAUGGCGUAAAGUGCGUUUGGACCGUAUGAUUGUCGAUUACUUCCUAAGGAACGGCUAUUAUGACUCCGCAAGUAAACUGGCUGAUUCUCGUAAUCUUCGCGAUUUGACUAAUGUUGACAUAUACGCGGCAGGUGCAGAGGUGGAACGCGAGUUAUGGGCCCGUCGUACAGCUCGUUGUUUGCAAUGGUGUGCCGAUAAUCGCUCUAAACUGCGCAAACUCAACUCCACUAUGGAGUUUAACACGCGGAUACAGGAGUUCAUAGAGCUGGUGCGUGGAGACCUGCGCCUGGAUGCGGUAAAGUACGCCAAGAAGCAUUUCUCCACUUAUGAUGAUGGACAGCUAGAGGACAUACAGCAUUGUAUGGGAAUGCUCGCUUUUCCCAAGGAUACUGAAGUGGAACCGUAUGCUGGUCUCCUCCGUGCCAGUCGCUGGCAGCAGUUGGUCAGCCAGUUCCGUUGGGAACACGCCAGACUAUUACACCCGGCAAGGCUGCCAGCUCUACCCGUCACCUUGCAGCUGGGUCUUGCUGCGUUGAAUACGCCAUAUCCUUUUUAUAUAUACUUUUUUAUAAAACCAAUGUGCAGGAGACUCACCUGA